GCCGUAAAUGCAUGAAUUAAAACGCGAGCACAGUUAGCUAGCCAGGCAAAAGACAUGGAAUGACAUCUACGUUACUUUCCACUUAAGCGUUUGUAAAUUAACUUUUUUAGGUCGUUUUUAAGGUAGUUAACUAUUCAUGAUAUACGUCGCUUGCUCUGUUAGAAGAAAUCAAGGAUGGCUUCACUGGCAGGGAGUUUGAGACCAAUGCUGUCAUCAUUAUUACAAGUGUCGCAGUCUCUCUCAUCAUGGACUGGACCAGUCCUCUCAAGAACCAUGGCAACACUUAAUCAAAUGCAUCGCCGGGGGAAACCAUCCCCUCCCCUCCCUCGCGUGAGCGCUAUGUUCGGGCGACCUCAGAUGAAGGCCGUCAUUCUGAAGACGCUCAUCCGGAAACCUAAGAAGCCAAAUUCCGCCAACCGUAAAUGUGCCAGGGUUCGUCUGUCCAACGGGAAGGAGGCGGUUGUCUUUAUUCCUGGGGAGGGACACAACCUCCAGGAGCACAAUGUUGUGCUGGUUCAAGGGGGGAGGACACAGGAUCUUCCAGGAGUGAAACUUACUGUAAUCAGAGGCAAAUAUGACUGUGCUCAUGUUGUGAAGAAGAAGCAAUAGACUCACGACAAGACGAGGCGGAGACUGGUGGCUGCUUUAGAAAGGAUUGGAGGUUGUUUCUGAUAAACAGUUCUCCGAACACAGACUGAUCUGUGCUCUGUGGAAGAUGUCAUUUUUGUAUCUAAAUGUGAUUGGUUGCACUUGAAACAUUAAAGUCCCUCAUCCAAUGUGUGUACUUAAAAGUUAUGUAUUCAGAUAUAAUAAAUCUUCAGUGACA